CACAACUCAUAUUUUAUCUAUCGAUGGACAGCGUAACACGUCCCUCAAGAUAAGAUAUGAAGAAGUUCGAAGAUAUCGCUCCCAUGAUCUUCUGUGGAAAUAUUUAAGAAACAUGCCAUCAGAUGUUACUCAUCUGCAAUCAACGCCAAGCUGUUCCAUAGGGCAAGAAAUGCCGCCCAACUCACAACGCAACCCGAAUCAACAUCAUUUUCUUGUGGCCGUAGCAUUGAUGUCACUCUGUGCCUGUGUUGUAAGCAUCAUCGCAUUGACUGGUGAACAUUGGUUAGAGGCUACAGCCAUUCUUACGGAACGUCUGCGAAGCCAUGUGAACUAUGGGCUCUUUAAGGGUUCCGUGCAGAGGCAACAGUUGGCCUCCACAUUAAAAUUUAGUUUGCAUUUUAUUUUUUUAGUGGUUUGUGACUUUGAAGCUAAUGCCUGCAUGUACAGCUGUCAACAGGACAUCAAUCGCAGACAAAUGGACCUACGUCGUGUUCUCAAGGGCCACGAUCUUGAACCGUGUGAGCAGAAGCGGUCAGUGUUCGCGGAGAGUAAAACUCUUUCACAACUUCCCCAACUCUACAAUAACUCCCAAAUACUAUUGAAUGCCCUGGCUCUUAAUGGGGCCAACAUAAAAGCUUCUUCCUGUAUGCCAUCCGCCUUAUACCUUUGCAGUGUUAUGUUCUUGAGUCUGGGACUUGUGUUUGCCCUUUUGUCAUUUAGCUGUGCUUGCAUCAAUCUCAAAUGGCAUCCUGUCGAACGAAUAUUCAAUAUCUACGGCCUUUAUGUCUGGAAUGCCAUAGCAGCCGGCUGUUACUUCUGGUCCUUGACAUUAUGGGGUGCCAUGUUUGGCCACCAUUUGAGUUACAACAUCGCCAUCACGGAUACCUUGCGCCAACAAUUGAACUUCUCAUCCGAAGGAUAUGCCAGCUUAGGGUAUUCGUACUAUUUCGUCAUUGUCAGCGUCCUCAUGCACAUCAUUAAUCUUAUUUUGCUGUUUGUGCGACAUUACAGUCUCGAAUCGCAACCGCACCAGAUGACACAUAAUGUCACAAUUGAUGACAGCGAGCAAAGAUUAGAAUUCUAUUAGAAGUAAGAAGUAGUUAAUGUAACAAUUUAAGACAUUUUAAACAAUAUCCGCAAAAAUAAAAACAUUAAAACAAAAAGAAUUUUUGGAAUAUGUUCCGGGUGCAAA